AUGAGACACAGGAGAAACGGCUCAGAGUUGAAUAUCCACUCACAUUAUCCAGAUUCUUUGGGCAAAAUAAGCAGCUCCAACGGUACCCUCAAAUUAGAGAAAAUACCAUUUUGGGGGACCACUUUUGAUUUUGAUUGCUCCAACCGGUCCCUCAUAUUCACCCGCAAAAUAAGGAAACUCUCACAUCUUGAUCAAAGUUGGGGAGACUCCACUCUCCCUCAAAACAUUAAAAAUUAUUAUUUUCUCUUUCCUUCCUAUUUUCUCUCCAUCUUCGCGCGACCUUGCUCCUCUCCUGACCUAGAUCGGCACCACCACUUAGAUCGGCACCAUCAAAGCUUUCGUAACUAUCGCCUGCCUCUGCGCUUUCCUCCUCUCUCCCAUCACCUUGAAGCAUUUGACCAGAUGGAUUCGCAAAACAGUUCAUACUUCACCAGCCUAUUAAGUGGAGGAUCAAGUACCGAUGAUCCCUUGUUUACCCAAGAUUAUGGUGACGUUAAUGAGUAUAGUCCCAAUGUGCCUCAAGUCACCAAUACCCCUUCCAAUACCUCUUCCAUUGCUAGGAAGAAUCAACGGGGAUCCAACUUUGCUAUAGAUGAUGAUAUGAUGCUCAUUUCGGCGUAUUUAUUUCGGAACCGCUGCACAUUUGCAGCGGUUCCGCUGCAGCCGCUGCACCGUUUGGUGCAGCGGAAAUGGAGACAGCGGGGUGCAGUGGAUCCGGAAAGCUGGUUGGAUUUCGACAAAUAUGUCCCAAUUUUCCCCCGUAAAAUACACCCUAAUGUGAUGUAUGAUUUUGAGUCGGGACGAGUUGUGCGCUUGGAUUUGGCUGGAUGUGUUCGAAUUGUUUACGUUUGA